CGCGCAUCCAUGAAUUUUUUUUUGGGCCGUUCAAGACCAGUCCCUCGACCAAGGCCAAGUUGCCAUCAAAACACGGCCACCUCGAUUCGCGUGUUCCUCAUUGCGCGAUUAGGGAAAAUAGUCCUCUUUGUUAUUGUUUCCAGCUACAUCCUGCAUUGACUUUGGACUGCAGGUUCUGCACAUAUUGUGCUUUUUGUUUCCCCCUCGCUUGGGGAAUGCUCUCGGUUUCCCCCUUCUAUCCCCGAGUAUUCACAAGUAAAUACACGCGACAGUGAGCCUGCCAUCACUUCGUCAUCACUUUGACACAACAUUACACUGUCCAAUGUCGUCACGGCAACUCCAACCGUAACUGCACCAAGCCUCGACUUUUCUUUUUAUUUGUUUGCUCAAAUAUUGCGACGUACACAGUCAAGCAAAAAUAUUUUCACAAUGACCACUCCCGAGAGAAGGCAAAGCGGUUGGUGGGGAAGCAUAUCUGGUGGUCUCUUUGGUUCUGCCGCUAAGCGCCGCAGUGAACCUGAGAGGAUCGAACCCAGACCCGAGCCUACGCGACUCAAUGUCCCAGCGAGAAAUUCGAUCCUCGAGAAUGGCGCACAUCACGAUACGCCGCGACCGCGCGUUUCCUUCCAGGAGGACGACCGGGCCACAUCCCCAGAGAGCCCAGCCAAGCGCGCCUCGGCUGCGCAGAUGGCUACCCGCAAAAUUUUUGAGCGCCCACAGGGCCCCUCGAGCAAGCUCUCAAGCAGUACUGUGAGGGCAACAAAUUUCUCAGCUGUUGCAUCGCCGCGUCCUAUGUUCAGGGCCUCUUCAGCUGCACCGGAAGGCGGCAGGUUCCAGUUUACGCCCCGAGCUGGUACGCCCGCUAGGCCUACCAACAAUGCUUUCCGCACCACUACCACCGCGACCUCCGCUCCAACACCCAGCCGUGAUUUCCGCGCGUCUACCACCGAGAGCAUCAGCCGCGGCAUGGCCAAAGUGCCUCCGAGUGAGCUCUUCUCCAUGAAGAUCCCGGAGCCUCCUGCGAACUUGACCGGCGAGGAGCUUGCAAGGCGCAUCCCGCAGAACCCCAACAGGGUUGGAUCGAUCUACGCCGACGAGUACCUUUCGGAUCUUUGUCCUAAAGACUUCAACGAGACUCAGAGGAAGCAGUUCUUUUGUAUUUUGGACCUGCGCCGGCUGAAAUAUGCAUCUGAUGAGAUCUACAUCAAGAAGGACUGGCGGUUCAACAUUCUCAACUUUGCAAAGGAGUACGAGAAAAGCAGGAGUCUGAUCAUGUUGCGGUACGGACUUUACGAAUUCAAGAGCAUCAAGCCUUCGCAAGAAGUGGUGUCUAAGUGGAAGGCCUCGCAUGGCAUUCCUCUCGAUGACGAAGAGGAUGACACUUCAGUCCCAUCCGCAGCAUUAACGCGUCCCAACGGCACCGAAGGUAUUCUGUCGCGCGGCAAACGCAAGGCCUCGGACGAGCCAUCGCAAAGCAAGCGAGCUCGUGGAACCGAACGCGAACCUCUAUCCGAGACUGCUACACCUGCUCUGAACAAGGGCAGCAAAAAACGCAUGGCAGACGAUGACGGCGAGAACCCCCCAGCUAAAUCACAAAAGUCUGCGCCCGCUACCUCAAAGACGCCAUCGGCAACCAAAAAGUUCUUCGAACAGGUCGCCAAUAGCAAGCCUACGUCAUCACCAUACAUCACUGUUGAGCCCCCUUCGGCGUCGAAGCCUAAGCCGGCGUUCUCGUCGGCCUUUGGUGCCACUUCUAACAGCUCGACGACCAAGUCGAUCUUCGAGGCUAGCGCCUCUUCCAAGUCGACGUCCGGAAAGCUUGGCGCUAAGUCCAAUAUAUUCGGUCACCUGUCCGAUACGGGAUCAGCCCAGGCGAGCGGAGCUGAGAACGACGCCGAAGAUGAGAACGACUCCGAGGAUGAUGCUCAGGAGGCUAGCCAAAGCGACGACCAGAGCGGUGCAGCUAGUGGAGGUGUCGCGACGCCUCAGCCUGACGGUGAUUUGUUUGGCAAAAAGCGCUCUGCCGGUGGUCCAUUCGUGUCCUCUUCCACGUCUUCCGAGGCCGGUGAUGCUCAAUCGGGCCCAAGCCUCUUUGACCGUGUCACAAAAGGCGAUGAUGGGAAGCCCAAACGCAUCUUUUCAUCCAGCACAAGUGCUGUAGCUUCACCAGCUACAACCAAGCCUGCGUCAGAUAACGAGAAGGCACCCAGCCCUGUCAAGCCGCAGCAACCACUGGGUGGCAACCAGACAUGGUCGGUUGAUUCUCCCAUCAAGUUUGCUGCUGCCCCGUCAACUUCAAGCUCUUUGUUCGGAUCAGCUUCCGCAGCUGCCAAGUCUUCAGCUACCGGCCAAGAUUUGACUACCAGCAACGCAGCACCGAAGCUUUUUAGCUUUGACUCCAAACCCGCCGAGACAGGCGCAGGCUCUACUCCUAAAUUCGGUACUUCUGGUGCUGGUUCAACAACUUCAAGCCUUUUCGGUGCCAAAACCAAUGGAUCGACCCCCGAGGCCAGCAAGGAAUCGAAGACAACUGAGGCAACGCCAUCAGCAGCGCCCGCCCAGAAAGCACCCCAUCCCAUGUUUGGCGCCGUACCAGGCCAGGAAUCUAAGCCUUCCUUUACCGUUCCGGGACAGUCAGAUUCCAAACCAGUUUUCGGUGCUGCAAAGCCCCUGUUCGGUGCCGACCCUAGCGGAUCAGAGUCUGCAAAGCCCAUGUUCGGCGCAGCUACUGCGUCAGACAAACCCAAGGCCGAUCCUAGUCCCCUCUUUGGCUCAAAAACUGCGGCGUCUGCACCCCAAGCAUCAUCGCUGUUUGGCUCGACAGCGUCAACACCGAACCCCCCCUCCAGCCUUGGAUCAUCGCAGGAAGCACCCAAGCCUCUGUUUGGACAGGCCGCUGCCAAGGAUGCGCCUGCGCCCUCAUUCAGCUUUGGUGCAAAGCAAGACACGCCCAAGCCUCUCUUUGGGCAGGAAGGCGCAAAGGAUACGCCCAAGCCUACAUUCAGCUUUGGGGAUAGUUCGCAAAAGCCGCAGGCGCCAAGUCUUUUCGGCGCUGCUGGCGGUCAGAGCACUCCUGCAACCCCGGCCUUUGGAGCCCCCAAGAGGAGUGCUGAGUCGGAAGAGACCGGAGAGCCUCAAGCCAAGCGCAGCAUGUUUGGUAGUGCCGCUCCAGCCGCGACCCCGAAUCCACCAACAUCGCUCUUCGGAAAUACUGCAACCCCGGCAGCGGCUACGACCACACCAUCUCUCUUCGGCGGUGCUGCUACUGCGGACAACAACACACCAGCACCAAGCUUCACCUUUGGUGGCGCGGCAGAGAAGGCUUCAUCAUCAACACCCUUGUUUGGAGCCAACUCGACUGCAGGCGCCUCGACGCCAUCUUUCUCAUUCGGCGCUGGUGCUGCCAAUGGGACGUCCACGCCAUCAUUCAGCUUUGGUGGAGGUGCCACCCAGAAUGGCGCAUCUACACCAGCUCCUUCGUUCAACUUUGGUGCUGCGGGCCAGACCAACGGCCAGGCUUCUAACCAGAACUCGACCUUGUUCGGAACUAGUGUCUCCGCCCCAAGCUCAUUCACUUUUGGUGCUGGCGGUGGAGGCGACAAAGCUUUCAACAACCCCUUCGCCAGCGGUGGUGGCGGCGAUGCUGCUGGAUCGGUGAGCUUCAACUUUGGGGCCUCGAGCGCCCAGCCGGCACCUACUGGGGGUUCAUCGGGCAUGUUCAACUUUUCCAGCGGCGGUGCGAACGGAGCGUCCACUCCGGUCUUCAGCUUCGGAGGCGGUCAGACCAAUGGUACUACCCCUAAUCCCGGAAAUGCCGCGGCAGGCGGCUCGAUCUUCAACUUAGCUCCUCCCGUGGGCGGCACCUCAACAGGUACUAGCGCAAAUCAAUCUUACAGAAGGAGGGCCGGGCGAGGAGGACGAGGUCGUCGUUUUUGAAGUACGGGCUAAGGCUCUAAAGCUCAUUAACAAGGCUGACGAGUCGGACGAAGAAGGCGCGAAGAAGGACGAUAAGAAGUCGCCCUGGAAGACGAUGGGUGUCGGCCCGUUCAGGCUGCUCAAGCACAAGACUACGGAUGCAGUGCGAAUUCUUCUGAGAGGGGAGCCGCGCGGCAACGUAGUCAUGAACAAGUUGCUCCUGCACAAUUUCGAUUACAAGACGGAGCCGGGCGACAAAUACGUCAAGGUGACUACCGCCAAGGAUGGAGGCGGCCUGGAGACGUGGAUGUUGCAAGUCAAAGACAAAACCAAGGGCAAAGAGCUGGCUGCUGCGCUGACGAAACACAAGGAGGCCAACAAGCCCAAGGACUAGAGAGGCCUUGCUUGUAUGCGUUUUUCGAUGUGCCCUUGUUGUCUCGUUGACUUGUAACGUCCAGCGUCUUCCUUUUGAUAGAGUGAAGAUGGAGUCUGGCUUGCGAUGGUCUUGCAAUAGGAAGCAAGGAAGGGGUUUAUUUUUAUAAUAACAUACGCGCACACAAGGUCUGUUUGGUUUCUAAGUCACUACACCUGUCUUCCCCCCCCCCCC